AUGACCUUCUCCGAGUUGAGGGAAUCCAAAAUGGGAUACAUUAAUUCCCUGCGCUCAUAUGACAGUUCGAAACGAUCUGUCGCCAGGUCGUUAUCCCACGAGAGCGAACGAACAAAAACUAUCAAUGAACACUCUUCUUUGUGUUCUCAAAAUUCUAUCUUUUCCAGAAGUCCAUCUUUCCUUGGCGAAAACGGAAGUGUUGAGCAAACUGACCAGGCGCGGUUAGAAAGCGACACCACUGACGUCGAGACUAUUGGCGUUAUUUCUGUCAACGGCAGCGUUAUACAUUACUCUUUAAACUCUUCUGCUGGAAAUACUCGGCAGCAAGAGAGUUCAGCACCGCAAAUUUUCACCCCCAGUGUUAUUGGCGAUAAUGGCAGGUUGACUUUAAGAUUAUUGAACGUAUAUUUAGCUCUGUUUAUUACGGACGCUAGCUUCACGCAGGGUUUUGAAGAACCCGAAAGCGUCAAUCAUUGGUCCCGCUAUAAUCUCUCACCUCGAGUUUUGAUAAGUGCUAUUCCUGAGUCUGUGAAGUCGCUGGUGGACGUUAUUGGAUUUGUGGACCAAAUCAUACAAACAAUUUCGAGCUUCUUGUCCAGUAACAAUUUUCAAGAGAAAUGCCAUAGCGAUGCCUGGGGUGUUGACGAGCUUGCCACAUUUGAGCGUCAGAUUACUUCGAUUUUGAAAUGUCUCAUUUUGGAAUACGCGCCACAAGCCAAACUGUCACCCAUCUGUCCUCAAUUCGAAAAGGCUGUAACGCUUCUAAGAGAUCUGGAAGCUGCAACUGGUUAUCGGAAGCAAACUCGACAUUCGGCUGCUCAUUUGGCUGACGAAGAAGAAGACUGGGUCUUGCAGAAAUUGCAGAACUUAAAGUGCGUGCCAGCCACUAUUAUCGACUCUUUGAAUUUUGACGUGGGUAUGCCAACAAAUGCGACACCAUAUGCUAAAAGCCGGAAAGGCGAAAUAGAGCUGCUGGAGACUUUCACGGCGCUGUAUGCUAUUUUGUUGAUGGAGAUCAAAAAACUAUUCCAGUCUGUGAUUUCCAUAUCUCGAGCAACAGGUAUUCUUUGGAAUUUAGAGGGCUCGUUGUUAGUUGGGUGCCUCGAAGGGUUUUUGCGCAAUUCCUUCGUCAGCAAUACCUCCGAAUUGCUUGUUGAUCUUGACAAACUGGUGUUGAUAUGGGUACAACAUCACGAUGUAUUAAGAGAUCAAACGAAAGGAUGGGCUUCUCGUUUUAUAGCGGAUUGGAAUUCGGAUGGGAAUGAGCCUGAAUUCGGUACGGUGAAUGGAAGCACAAUUAACAGCUGCGAAGCCACGAGUCCCGAGUUUGAUCUGGUGCGACUUUUUAUCAACGAAGUGGUUGAUAUUUGUGCCUUUGGCACAGAUCGCAGGUCCGAGGCUCUGGAGUCUAUGACAGUGCGAGAGAAAAUGCCAACUAGUGGGCUAGGAUGGCUGACCAUAUUCCAGGAGGACAGUCAACACAAUGAAGACGGGCAACCCACGGCCAACACCCGUGAAAUCAAUUCGUCUGCUGGCACUGACACAGGCACGGAUGGUGGAUUUCGACAGCUUCAAGCGCUGUACGGCGCGGAAAUCUCCAUGCUGGAGGACGAGACCACAAUGAACUUGGUAGAGGAGUCCGAGCAUUUCUGGUCUCGUCAUCGUGCAAACCAUCACGAGCCGCGCCACUUUCGCAGCUGGAUCAAAAAGGGCCUGCGCUCAACUGACGUUGGCCACAGACACCGCUUAGUGGACGGGUGUCACCGGGCCAAGGAAAAGCUGAAGAACCUGGCACACAAGUUUUCGCAUAAGGAGAAGAGAGGCCCCAGGGUGGUCAAAACGUGGCACAAAUGUCCGUCGUCUUCUUCUUCAGCAGCGAUUCCAGCACAGAGCGGCCCAAACGGCCCAAACGGCCCAAACGGCCCAAACGGCCCAAACGGCCCAAACGGUCCAAACGGCCGACCAGCUCUUGCUCUGACUGGCCUCGAUGGUCCCGGAUACCGUUUCGAGGAAGCCUUUGACCGCACCACAUAUGGCGAAACGUUCCACGAGCAGCAGCCCCCACGUCGUUACGAGAACCUGAGACGUAAGAAGGACCGGUUCAUGUUUUUAUUUUUCGGCGACGAGAAAUGA